AUGGCGGACGAGAUGAGGUAAUAUAUUUUGCCGUUGUCUGAUAAUUUUCUCUUUCGCAGGUGCUUUUAGAUUCUCUGAGGGCUAGAUCUCUUACAAAUGCAAGCGAAGUUCCACGUUAGGCAGCUAGCAAAGUUAGAGUAAAUCUUAAGAUCGUUCAUUUGCGAUAUUUAAACUGAUCGUCCAACGAGGUAAUUAUAUGUCAUUUUGUAGUUUGUAACUGCCAACGUUACAAAUUUAAUUUAUGUAUCGAUUUUGGUGAACAUCUGUUGGUAAAACAACAUGUCUCUUUCUUUAUUCCCUGUAAAGUUUUCUACAAAUUCCUCCAGCGUUCUCCUUGAUAAUUGCAAAAAUUCUUGAAACUGUACAUGUACGUUUUUCGUGUGUACUUUGACCUGUAAUCAACAGAAUUAAAUAUUAAGUUUGUUCGACAGAAUUUAAUAUCAAGUAAGUAGAACGAUAUCUAGUAUUAUCAAAAUAGCAGAUAUUUGACAGUAGUAUCUAAUAUCUAAACAUUCAAAGUUUUAAAAAUAUGUGAUAAACUUCUUACCCAACAGUGUAUGUUUUGGAUUAUCUUUUAAUGAUAGCUUCAAACGGUGUUUUCCACCACCUACAAUGCUUGUGGUCAUUAUGAGAGAAGGCACGUGUAAACAAAGAAACUUUUUGCCCAAAGGAGAUAUUGAUAAAAAUGUAAACAAUAUAACAAACAGAAAAUAGCCUAGAUAAACAACAAAUCUGUUUGAGUGGCAUGCAUAAUUUAAGAGCAUUUUAGAUUUCCCAACUUGUUAAUCUUGAAUGUUACAGGAAAGUAAGUUAGUUAAGAAAAUGCCUCUCCAAAACUUCAUUUCUGAAAUAAUUGACAGAUAUUUUUUUUAAUAUUAAAUGAGACACCAGAGGUAAAAAAAUUGUUCUUCUCUUCUCCCAUGUAGUGAUGAUAUGGUGGAAGGAGGGUGUGUCAUCAUUCAUGAAAUCUAUGAUUCUGAGGAUGCACGUGAACAGUUUGAGGCAGAUUUGGAGAGAGCCUUGGAAUCACAGUGUGGCAUGAUUGUUAUUGAACCAACAAUGAUUGGCGAAGAAACAGCACGCUGGAUCCAAGUUGGGAACUGUUUACACAAAACAGCUGUUAUUAGUGGACUUAGUUGUUUCAUUAGUCCAUGGGUGCUUCCCAGAAUUGUCAAAGAGCCUUCCUGUUAUGUAUUUGGUGGAGUGAGCAUUUUUUGUGCAGCAUUGUAUGGUGUAUCAUGGCAGUUUGAUCCUUGCUGCCAGUAUCAAGUUGAAUAUGACACUAGAAAGUUGGCAAAGCUACCACUUAGUAGUCUAACAUCUUCAUCUCCAAUCGUGCUGGUAAGAAAGGAUGACAAAUACCGUAAAAGACUUCACAAUGUGGUGGCAGGUUGUGCCUUGGUUUAUUGCAGCUGGAAGAUUUAUAACUGGUAUUGUGGUUAAUGUGCUGGGGCAUUUUGAUAGUAACAAUAUUCUUAUGGCUUAAAGUGUUUUCACAAAGAUCAUGAUGAGGUAUAUGAGAUGUUCAGGGUUGCACUCAGUUUUCAAGAGGUCAAAUAUUUACCAUGUGAUCUUGUGGGGCAGUGGGUGAUUGACAUUUAUUUAUUAUCAUGGUGUUUAAAUCAUAUAUAAAUUGUGACAUUGCCAUGCCAACUGAAAUACAGCAUUCAAAGAGUGGAGAUCACACAGCAUACAUAUCACAAUGCUUUUUUUCAAGGUCUCUAAGUAGAGGAAAAUGUCUACUUGGGAGUCAUGCCACUUACUAAGACAGAAAUUUUUGGGUGUAUUUCAGAGUGACUUCAAUUUAUUUGUGUUAAGCAUUGUUUUGGAAAUGUGAGAUUGGAAUAACAUUGUUACUUCUCAGUCCUUUCAACUCCCAAGAGUGACCAAGACAGAAUUUCUCCUUACAAUAUCACUAAAAUAUCAAACAGACAUGUUAUGAAAAAAAGGAAAAAUAGCAAUUGGGGAAUUACAAGUUGAUCCAAAACCACAUUCUCAGAACUAAUAUGAUUUAUAAGACCUGUAUGGAAGACAGUAGGGAGAAUUUCCAAUGAGAUCUUGGGGGUGAAGGGUUGAAUGUAUCUUGAUGCAUCAAGCCUACACAUUCUCUGUGCUUGGGUUGUUGAAAACAUAUUGGGUACCUGGUAAAUUUAAAAUAAGCCUUAUGCAUGUACUUGGUAUGCAUCACAACACUAAGUUGAGCUCCCAAGCCUUGCUUUCAACACGCAGACUGGUGAAUUUUAAUCAGAAAAAACACUCAAUUUCAAAAACACUCAAAUCAAAUAAAAAAUCCAAUGAAAACAACAAAAAGGUGCAAAGAUUCAUGAAAAUUGUGUGCAAUAAAAGGUGUGGGGGGAAUUUUUCAGUAAUGGACAUCAUUGCGCAUAAGUGCCAUUAAAAUCAUUCAGACCUUCAGUGAUAGAGGUUGUAUGUUGGGCUAAAGGAUAUGUGAAUCUCAAUGAGCAACUUAUUUAAAAAAAAAAAGAAAAAAAAAAAAAAAAAGAUGUAAUGAGGUGGGUUACUUUCAAGAAUAUCUAUCUUUUAGUCCCCCCUGAAAUCUGUUUGCAUCGUGGCUUAUCUCUUUUUACCAGUGUAAAUAAAGUUGAAUUUCUAUUUUAAGUGCUAUUCAUUUCAUAUCUACAACAGUGAGAUAACUACCCUUCGAGAAUUUAGUUCAGUUUCUCUAAAAGCUUGCAGCUACCUGUUCAUCCUCCAGGGUGAGGCAGACCCUGUGGGCCUGUUAUUUACACAAGGUCCAACCCAAACCACAGUUUUAUGCAAUCAGUGGGCCUCAGGCUUUUUCUCUAAGAGGGUUGGUUUAAUAAAAUAAAUGUCCUUCCAC